GCACAAUUUAACAAUGAAAAUGAUGAGUUACAUACGAAAAUAAUGUGGAUUAUUGAUGAAAAAAUACGAUAGUUUGUUGAUUAAUACGUAAAAGAAAAUCUUUUAAACAAAAUACACUAGUUUGUUUGACUGAUAUAAGUGACUGAAUAUCGUGAACUUCAUGAAGCUCAUUUCAAGGGGGCAUAGUAAUAUCGGUAUCUGGAGUUGGUUCGGUGAAAAACGAAAAGAAGUCUUUGAGAAACACGAAAACGACCAGAAAAAGAUUACUCAGAAAAUUUCCAUCAUCAGUGUUAUCGGAUUCUGUAUCCUGUUCAGUAGUCGUUGUCAUGUCACUCGUUUCAUCCAUUUCCUUGGUUUCACUUGGUACUUUGUCUGUUCCUGCAGCAGCUUGAUCUGUCAGGUUGUUUGAUGGUUCUGGUGCCGACAUCAACAGACUGUUACACACCAAACAUUGUGCUAAACACAACAACAUAAUCAUUUUAACGAUCAUCAUGUUGAUGAAUGUUGUUUAGUGAAAGUGUACAAGAGAGAAUAUGAAUGUUUG